AGCUCAGGCCUGAAAUUGCUGCGAAACACUGAGGAGUUAGGAAGGAAGUGUGCUGUGCUCCUGAGUCCUGACGACGUUGCUGAUCAUGAAUCGAAAAUGGGCACGCUUCUGCGUUACAUGUUCUUACUUUUGGCUUUGACAUGUUUAAUUCUGAUUUUGGCUGCAUUCCUCCUGAUAUCGUUCCAACGGCCUGUGGUAUAUCAGGUUCGAUUUAUUGAUGACAAUACAGCUGAACGUGAACGACUUGGUCCGUUACAAAAUGACGUCAACAAAGUUGAUGUCAUUCGACCCGUGUUUGUUGAUGCUGAUUUGAUAUCGGAUGAUGUCAUCAAAAGUAAACAAAAGAAUAGUGCUUAUGAUGCCUUGAAAUAUUUAUUAAAAUCGCUUAGCUCAAACAGCUCUGAUGGAUUUGAUGGAAGUCAGCAGUUUUCUGUCUCAAUAAAUGCUAACAAAAUUUCAAUAAAAGAUCCAACAAUAAAGAAUAAAUUAUUUGAAAAUGGGGCUGAAAUUGAUCUACAGCCCAAUAAUGUUGCUGGUGAGAAAUCAUCAGAAAAGUAUAAUCUCCCACAAGAGAAUUUUAUUAAUUCUCAAAAUGAUAGCAUUGCUGACAAAUUGAGUAUCAAUGAAAUCUUGAUAACCAUAAAAACCACCCAAAUAUUUCAUAAAACCAGAUUGAAACUGAUUGCCCAAACUUGGUACUCCAAGGCAUCUAAUCAGACUUUAUUCUUCAGUGAUGCUCCUCUCAUAAGUGGAGACCCUGUCUUUGCUGCGAAAGGAUCUGUGGUGGCUUUGUCAAAGCGCUUGCGAGUAACCGACUGUCCUGCCUCCCACCAGCGUCAGGCAUUGUGCUGCAAAAUGGCAUGGGAACUUGAUGCCUUUCUUGAGUCAUCAGCCAAAUGGUGGUGUCAUUUUGAUGAUGACAACUAUGUUAACGUUAAGGGGCUUGUUGAAGCUCUGUCUGGCUAUGACCACCGUCAGCACUGGUACCUGGGGCGUCCCUCCAUCCGAACACCCCUGCAGAUCCUCAACAGGGAUGACGUCACAAGUCAUGUAGUGUUUUGGUUCGCGACGGGCGGCGCGGGCUUCUGCAUCUCUCGGGCGCUGGGUCUCCUCAUGAUGCCUGUAGCAGGAGGUGGUAAGCUGGUGAGCAUAGGGGACAGAAUACGCCUGCCUGAUGAUGUUACCAUUGGCUAUGUCAUUGAGCAUCUCCUGAAGCAGAAGUUGACUGUGGUUGACCUCUUCCACUCGCACCUCGAGAACAUGCAGCUCCUCGACCCGUCCACUCUCUCAAAGCAGAUCAGUCUCAGCUACAGCGCAGGGGAAAACGACGUCCCCGACAGCCUCUUGAGUGUGCCUGGUCUGCCCACCAGCAUCGACCCCACCAGGAUGCUGAGCCUACACUGCCUCCUCUACCCCCACGACGCCUCCUUCUGCCCUCACGACAAGCCUGCGCUGUAACACGUCUUGUUUAUCUCAGCGCUGCUCUAUUUAAUGGCAGCCAUUAUAAUAUAUUGUUUACAAUGGCAGUUAUGACAUUAUCUUGUCUAUAAUGGCAGCCAUUACGUUAUAUUGUCUACAAUGGCAGCCAUUACGUUAUAUUGUCUACAAUGGCAGCCAUUACGUUAUAUUUUCUACAAUGGCAGCCAUUACGUUAUAUUGUCUACAAUGGCGCAGCCAUUACGUUUUCUUGUCUACAGUGGCAGCCAUUACGUUAUAUUGUCUACAAUGGCAGCAAUUAAGUUAUAUUAGCUACAAUGCAGCCAUUACGUUAUCUUGUCUACAAUGGCAGCCAUUACGUUAUAUUGUCUACAAUGGCAGCCAUUACGUUGUAUUGACUACAAUGGCAGCCAUUACGUUAUAUUGUCUACAAUGGCAGCCAUUACAUUUAUCUGCAAUGGCAGCCAUUAUGCUGUUGUUUUUUGUCGUAGCUUUUGUUAUUUGCAUGUUUUCUACAACGGUAGCUCAGAUAUAUAUUUUUUUGCAAUGGUAGAUCAAUUAUAUAAUCUUCACAAUGGUAGCUGAAACAAAUAUAUUGUUUAAAUUUAUAGAUAUAACGUAUGCAUAUUGUAUGAGACCAAUAUUGUUUGCAAUGUAUGUUAUAUAUAAUGUUAGUUAAUAACAAUAUUUGCUACAACUUGUAGCAUUAAAAGUUGAAUAGCAUUAAAUUAAGUAACUAAAUGAUUGGCAAAUUGUCACCGUUACAUGAAAUUAUAACUCAGGUAGGAAUAACAUUGUAUAAAAAGGGUGAGGAUGCGAACCCACGUGCUGUGCCAAAAUGUAUCACUUUAUUAUAGUAUAUAUUUGUAUAAUAUUAUAGUGAGAGAUGGUGCCUUGCAAUAUCCGUCGUGACGGCAGUAAGGAUGUUACACCGAUAUACCAAGCAGUUAUUAAGUGAAGGAAUUAUUUGGUGUUCUAUCGUCAAUGUUUAUGUCCUUCGAUGGGUUGAGAUCCUUGUGAUAUCCUGCCCUCGAAAUGAUCUCAUCCUGGAAAACUCUAUUUAUUUAAUAUCGUUUCUAUAUCACUUCGAUAUCAAAUAGCUUUGAAUUGAAUGGCAUUUUAUGUUGACAUUUUACCAUAUUAUUGCGUCAUCUGCCAUUCAAACUCUCUCGAGUUGAUUUGUUAUUUUUGUCGAUUAGAAACUAACAAUUGAUGUGCGUGACAUGAAUUUUUAAUAAUUAAUGUGCAUGAAAUAAAAUUGAAUAUAUUUUUAAAACUUGAACGAAGCAUUUCUCAAAGUCUCUAAAGUUUAAACUUAUCGUGAUUCUCGCGCCAUAAACUGCAAGCUAAGUUCCUUGGUGUGAUGUCUUGUGUUCGUUGUUAUGAAUCCAUGUGCAUUAUGAAGCCAUGUCCAUUAUUAUUAUUAUAUGAAGCCGUUGUUAUGAAGCCAUUAUGAAGCCAUGGUGUGAUGUCUUGUGUUCGUUGUUAUGACGCCGGACCGUUGCUAGCAGACAUGUUGCGAUAACGUCGCCUUCCCUUCUAUGCUGCGUGCCAUCCAUUUUCCUGUUAUACUCCUCCCUGUCUUAUUCAUCCUGCCUUCUAAAAUGACUUCCAAACUGUUGUAUGACAUUGCCGCUUACGCCAAACACUUUACACGCGUUUGUAGUAUGCCUUUGUUACUGCAACCAAACGCAUGUCAGGCGCGCGUCAUUCUUCUCGUGCAACUGUUAGGACUCUUCCUGGCUUUGGCGAAAAGUCAACGGAUUUGUCUUUUAGAUUUACAGUGUUCGGAAAUAUUUGCAUAUUUUUAUAUUUAUAUAAUCUAUUCCUUGAAGUUUCCU